AUGCUGACCCCAACGCUCGCCUUCCUCUCCGUCCCGCGAACAGAUCUCCGCGUAACAGGUGCUUUUGAAGCAACAAUCCAGCCACUGCUAAGCAAACUGGAAAUCCCUAGCACAAGCGCCGACAGAGUUGUCGUCCCCUGUCUCUCGCGCCAACUCCCCUCUGUACACCAACGUUUCCCAAACGCUGUUGUGCUAAAAACCGUCGAUAACGUUGCAGACGCCCAAGCGUCAAUGCGAACACUAACCCUCCGCCCAGAAUACGACUUCGGCUACCACCUGAAACUCUCCCUAGCCUGCCAAAUUACCUCCGCCCUCCGCACAAUCACACCUUGGACAACAUGCGGCGGGCCCGUGCAAACAGCGCUCCUCGAGAAAUUCCUCCCAACAGAUCUCUGGGUCUUCCGCGAAGUCGCUGCAGUCUCAGGCGCACAGGACAACUUUGCUGAUGCGAAGCAUUUAUCUUGCAUCCUACGCGAUGACCUCGAAUCCCGCGCAGACGCCAACAACGAGCGUCUCGUGAUCGCAGCAGCACUCGCCCAACAACCUUACAACAACACCCGCAGCUACGCAGAGAUCAUAUACAACAUGCACACAACCACCGACAAACAAUCCUGGCUACGUACAUACGUAACCCGGCUCUUCACCCUGGUGCUCCCGCCUCUAGCGCGAUAUGGUAUCGGUCUUGAAGCGCAUGGGCAGAAUCUUGUUGCUCGCAUUUGUCGGACAACAGGUGAGGUGAAGGGUUUCGCAGUGCGGGAUUUUGGUGGCGUGCGGAUGCAUGUUCCCACGUUGAAGAAGUUCGGGGUGAACUUCGACAGUUUGCCUCCUGGAGGCGCAACGCUGACGGAGGAUCUGCACAAUGUGUGGAGUAAAGUGCAUCAUGCGCUUGUACAGAAUCAUGUAGGGUUGAUUGUUAGUGCGUUGGGGUUGGAAAGGGCUGGGGGUUGGGGGAUUGUGAGGGAGGUGCUUGGAGGUGUUUUGGAGCAGGAGGAAAAGGGCAUGGGGAGGGAGGUGGCGGAGUAUUUUAUGCAGGAUACGAUGCCGUUUAAGUGCUUCUUGAGGAUGAGAAUGGAAGGGAAGUAUCGUGAUUAUGUCGAGAGGGAAGUCCCGAAUGUGCUUCUUAUGGACUCGCCUAGAUGGGAGAAGGUGCUGCGGAGUUAUGAACCAACGUUGCAUUAUACAUAG